CGCUGGUAUCAAUAUUUUGAAGGUUGAAGGUUGAAUUGUACCUUUGCCUGACAUGAUACUUUCUUCGUGGCACAUUGCUGGAGAUCCAAAGAUGAGGGUCCACCGAGUUCUCAAUAUUCGACUUCAUAUUCAUGAAACGGAGCUCUGACGGAUCGACUCCGAGGAUCAACAUGACGAUCCGGAGUAGGUUUAGCUGUGCAUAUUUGCUGUGGUAUAACAUUGAGCCCGUGCACUUCCACCAGUCUGCGUGCGCGGCGCACGGAUUGUUACGUGUUAGCCGCAAGGCAAGGGUUGUCUUUUGGGUCUGUACCUCAGCUUCUUAGACCUCAUUCAUUCAAAAUUUCAUGACCCUUCUCAACGGGCAGGCAUCGCAUUUGAUUUUAAGUUCAGCCUCAUCGGAUUCUCGAACGGCGAGACUAAUCUCGAUAUCAUCCAUCCAAAUCCAAAUGAAAUUAGUUUCCUUCACUACACGACCCUCCUCAGGUUUCUCAGAAAGAAGGGCUAGCCUGAAUUCCCUAUCACCGAGCGAAGGCGUUGAAGUAAUCUGCAUACAGACUGCAUAUAAAACAGGAGGACGGUAUCAUGUUUCUCUCAGCCCCCAACUUCUCCACACUCAACGUUUGUGUGCGGUUUCUACUGUUUUGGCUAUGAACGCUUUCCCAAAUGGCACUCGAGUCUUCUACUGGGCGUCUGGUGGUGAAAUCAAGUACGGUACUGUGCAGGCCACCAACCGUAUGGCCGAUGGCACCCAGAUUGUGGUGGUGAAAGUAGAUGGAGAAGGCCACGCACAGUUACCAGUGUCCAGCCUUGUAAAAGUAAACCAAUGAGAUUUACAACCUAUAGAGCCCACCCACAUAGAGUUAUUUAUUGCACAUCCCACAUUCAAUUCAUGGACCUUACAGGAUCAUCGCAUCACUAGUACUGUAUUCAUUCGUCUCGACGCACAUGUAACUCAUCCGUUUAUAUCUGCGAUCGAUUUCUUGC